AUGUAUCACAUACCAUAUGAACUAAGGCGCGGCUGGGAUUCGACCUGUGCGGCGUCAGGGACUAUAUGUCGCAAUCCUGCAGUCAGAAUUCAGGUGAAUGGGCGGAUGUAUCCGUCAAUUUAUUGCGAGUUCCAUGCGUGCUGGCAAAUUCAGAACGGGAGAGCAUGCCUUGAGCAGAAGUUACCCAGAGCCUCUGUUUGCGCUCGGCACAUUCAUUGUCAAGCAAUAGACAAUGGAACGAGAUGUACUUUGGAUGUCAAGCAAGGAGAUAUGUUGGCAUACAGAUACUGCCCACAGCUUCAUCUUUGUGAAUAUCAGGAUUGUCAGAAUCUGAGAUCACGACAAGACGAUCAAUACCUGCCGCUCUGCGACGAUCACCGCUGUCAAUACGACAGCUGUCGGAAUCCUAGAGACGGCGGUGCUGGUGUGUUCUGUCGAUCCCACACUUGCAACGAGCCUUACUGCGGUGCCUUUGCUCCAGGCACAGAUCCAAACGAUCCUCAACGCUUCUGCGAACGUCAUCGUCAAUGUCUUAGACCGCACUGUCCACGCCUCUGCCAUACUCGCGAGAAUGGACAUCCCACACCUUUCUGUGGUGCGCACUAUUGCGAGGCACAUGACUGCGACGAUGGUCGCGAGAGGGGUGCUUUCUGCCAAGCGCAUACGUGUGUCGAGCCAGGCUGUGUAAGAGGGAGGCAGACGCCUGGUGAGUAUUGCAGGGAGCAUACGUGCCGGACUUGGAACUGCCGCAUGAGAAAGAUUGGGAGGGAGUUUUGUCCGCAGCACGAGUGUGCCUAUGAUGGCUGUGACGCUGAAGUGGAGGAGGGUAGGUUUUGCGGUCGUCACUAUAGUAGACAUAUUGGGGCUAGAUAUGGAGGAAGAAGAUAUCCGGCCCCAGGGAUGAGAUAUCCCAUCUACGACGACGGGAUGGAUCCCUAUGAUAUGUGUCCAGGCAUCCACGACAGAAGAGGAUGUGGCCGAAGACCUGAGCACGACAGUCCAUUCUGCCAACACCACGUCUGCCACGUCCCCAACUGUCCAGCCCCUAGGACCCGAUCAUCCCAGUUUUGCGUUGAUCACGAGUGUCCUAUAGAAGGGUGUCCUCGCCCAAGGAAUACACGACCCCGCGGGAUUAGAGACGGCGACUCGCGAUUCUGCGAUGAGCAUACCUGCAGCCAUCCUGGUUGUCCUAUGCAUGCUGAUGAAGGCUCGGAUAGAUGCAUGCUUCAUGGGCAUGGUAUGCCUAUGUAUAGGAAUAGGAACAGGAACAGGAUGCCGGAUGGCGAUGGGGCCAGAAUGGGAAGAAUUCCUCGAGGUUUCCGGAACCGAAACUAUGAUGAUGAGGAUGAAGAUGACGACGGGCUCCCGUUUCGUCAACGACAGUUUGGAUGGGCUCAGCCAAGGAGCAAUCAAUUCGCAGCAUGGGGUAGAGCAGUAUGA